AUGAGAGCGCAGCGCAAGCGACCAUCCAUUCACAGCCCGAGCUGGGCGACUGAACGCGCGCGCGCGACGCUCCCCCUUUUAUACCCAUCGGCGGAGAGAGAACGAGACGCAGACAGUAGGAAGGGUGAAAGUGCGCCCUCAUUGGACGCAGAAAUCAAAACUCCGCCCACUUAUACGCGACGCACGUCGACGCGUCGCGAUGAAGCUAGCGAACAGAAUUCGCGCAGCCAACCAAAAGGUCCAUCAGAACCAGAUGCUGGUCGAAAAGGCAGAUUUGGCUUGCUAACGGAUCCAAUUAAAGGAUUCAAAAGUGAAAAUAUCACCCGACCGUUGACUGGUCUAUUCCGUAAAUCUGGAAAGUCUACUAAAAAAACUGAGAACGAUGACAUACAAGAGCCAACAGUGGCAGCUCCUCCAACCAAUUUCCCAAACAUGGCUAGAAUCUCUGCAACCAUCGAGAGCGUUCAGAUGAGUGAAGAAUACAACAGUCAUCGAGAAUACAACGCGGAAACAGGAAGCAAGACAACAUUAAGCGACGGUAUCGGAUUUGGGAAUCAAGUCCAACCAUUAGCUCGCUACUUGAAAGUAGGGGACAUAGAUGUAUCACUCCUCGGGCGUACUUUCCCCACUGAAAGAUCAAAAGAUGAAGAAGUAUCUUGGACAGCUCAAAGUCUACUCAGCAACCUGGAAACCCGUAUCAAAAAAGAAAGGAUGGAAGCGAAAGAUAAUGUACCAGAGUCUCGGAUGCGUGUCAAUCGCGAACCAGCUCAUUAA